AUGUCGAAGACAGACGACGGCUGGAACGUUGUCAAAUUACCAGAGAAGGGCCAGCUGAGUUCAGGUGGCGCCGUAUCGGACGACUAUUAUGUGGAUGAUGAUGAUAUUCUAUCCAAUACGAGCAGUGAUGACUAUGCUGAUGUAACAAACGCUUUCAAUUUGGGUAAGAAAGAGAUUGAGAAUGUUAAGCCUAUCUCCGAUUCGUAUGACACCCUUACGGGGUCUAAAAACAGUGGCACCGUGAAGUCGAGCAGCUUGGAAAAGUGUAAAAACCCAGAUGACGAUAGGAGAACCACAAUAAUGGAUAAAAUUUUAUCACGGUUCGAUAACAUGAGGAAGCCGGAAUUAAAGGCAUGGCAUGUAGCCAUCUUAUCGUCUCUUGUUACCGUUUUCAUUAUAGUGGGCACUCAAAGAUACUUUGAACUAUUCGAUGGGAUUCUUCAACAGAAGGCUGGCGUCUCGGUCACGGAUAACUCUAGUGAUAAGGAUCUAAUGUACUCAAACAUAAACUUCUUGAAUCGCGACGAAUCUGUUUCGCCAACGUGGAGACCAACGGGAAAAUAUUAUGUGGAUUUUGACAACCAUAUCGCUUACCCACUCCCACAGAAGGAAGAUUGGCCUUGGCAAAAAUUCAAGACGGACACAGUUAUUCUGUGGUACACUGUAAGAUCUAAAUGCCGCUCAUGGUUUAAGUCCAAGCCCGUGGCAGAUUUCGGAAGAAAAUGCUACACUUUUGUACACAAGCUCAAGACCGAUACCCUGCGGAUUCACAAUAAGAUUCUCUUGGCCCGAAGUUGGAUUUCAGACCGACUGGGAGACACUUCGCAGGUCCUGAAGAGAAGGUUCAACGCCAAUUUAAUCAAUCUACACCAUAACUCGCUGGUGCUGAAAGAUAGAAUCACAGAGACUGCUCGGUCGUUGAGAGAUGCAUGGAACGAUCAGCUAAUGCCAAGAUUGAACAAGUUCUCGAGAAUGACUUUAAGAAAUGCCAAUAAAAGUAUUAAACGCUGCAAGUAUGCACUGUUGGAGGUUAAAUCAUGGGUUUCGCAAAAGUCUGUACCACAUUUCGAAAGUUUCAGUAAGAAAGUGCGUGAUGAGGUGCAGCGAUUGCCAAAGAAUUGCGAUCGAAAGAUUAGAAUGCUAUACUCCCAUCUGCAUAGAAGGGAGUCGAAUCCAGUAGUGAAGCGUCUAUCAGCUCACGUUAAAACGUGUCGGCACAUGACUCGCAGAAAGUGCACGAAUUGGCAGUUCUCAAAGAUUAAAGUCUUAAAUAAUUGA